GCUUUAAACCCAGAGCGAAUAAAUCUGAGCAUAAAUCUGUUCCUCGGACACGUUAAACCCAGAGUGUGUGUUUGGGAGUUUUGUGUCCGGGUCUCAUUUAUAUGAUUAGUGUGCGAUCUUGAGAGAUGCUGGACAACCGUGUGUGUGUGUGUGUGUGUGUGUGUGUGUGUGUGUGUGUGGUGCUGUCAUGUCACAGUCCUUUUUGGCUUUGGAAGCUGUGAGUUAGGAAAUGUCAGAUUUAUAAGUGAAGUGCAGGCGACUAACAGGAACCAUGUGUGCUUCAGCCAUCUGUCUGUCUGUCUCUCUCUUGCUCUCUCUCUCACUCACACCCCCCUCUCCACACUUCCCUUUCUCCCCUGUCUGUCUGUUUUUGUUUUCCAAACAAAGAGCCUUGUACAGGAAAUUGUGGACUCUGGGAGCGUUCAGGAAGGCAGAGAGCAGAUUUCCUGUUCAGACCCUACCUCAAAAAAAGGAAAGAAAAAAAAAAAGAAGAGAAAAAACCUUAAGGGAGCAAGAGAAGGAGUGGACGGGAGAGGAGAGACGGGAUGAGAGAGGGAGGGUCAGUAAUGUGUUAAACGGAGGAGAAAACACAGGCUGUAAUUUCUCUCCCCUCCCUGGAGCUGGAAAAGAGAAAAAAAAGUUUGAAGCCUCGUGUCUUGACCAUGAGUCGCGGUGAAACAUGGACGAGCUGAGAGGAACAGAGACGAGGCGGAGGAGAGAAAACGAGAAGCUCUGGAGGUCCGGCUGAGAGGAAAGUUUGAAGAGGAAGACGUAGAGAGGGGAGAAAGACGAGGGUCAGGAGGGGCUGAGGAGUGAAAACCGCCUACAGGAAACCGACUCACCGAGUCUCCGAGUUACUUUUUCACUCCGCUUUUGUGUCUCUCGGGCUGAACAGAGGAGAGGAAAAAGUGUCCGAUGUGGGGAGUGACGUCAGCCUGGUGCCUCUGAGCUCCAGAAUUCCUCUCCCACUCCAACACUUCGGACUCUCGGCCACCAUGUGAGCCCGAUGUGACUUUUUUUUUUUUUUUUUUUUUGUUCCAGAAUCUCUUUUUCUUUUUCUUGUUUCCUUUUCUUUUCUCCUCGGCUCUGUAUUUCCUCUCGACUUCAGAGUUCGUUCGCCCCUGAUCUGGAUAAAACCUUGAGCUCCUGAUGAAGAAUAAAGCUGCCAAGCAGAAGUCCAAGAGGAAAGGAAGUGAAAAUGCGUUCGGCUGUGACCUGACCGAGCACCUCCAGAACUCGGGACAUGACGUUCCUCAGGUUCUGAAGACGUGUGCAGAGUUUAUCGAGAAGCACGGCAUCGUUGACGGAAUCUACAGACUCUCAGGAAUCACCUCCAACAUCCAGCGCCUCAGGCAGGAGUUCAGCUCAGAGCAGAGUCCCGACCUCACUAAGGAAGUGUAUCUGCAGGACAUCCACUGCGUCGGCUCGUUGUGUAAGCUGUAUUUCAGGGAGCUGCCCAACCCGCUGCUCACCUAUGAACUCUACCAGAAAUUCACUGACGCCGUGUCGGUUAAAGAGGAACAUGAGCAGCUCAAGAACAUUCAGCACGUCAUCAAAGAGCUUCCCAGCCCUCAUUUCAGAACUCUGGAGUACCUGGUGAAGCACCUGGCUCACCUGGCCACCCUCAGCCACCAGACCAACAUGCACACACGCAACCUGGCCCUGGUCUGGGCUCCCAACCUGCUCCGCUCGAAGGAGAUCGAGGUGUCGGCGUGUAACGGUGACGAGGCCUUUCUGGAGGUUCGGGUUCAGCAGUCAGUGGUGGAGUUCAUCCUGAAUCACACAGAGCAGAUCUUUAACCCCGGAGCCAAUCCACCGAGACCCCCGAAAGAAGGUGCAGCUGUAAUGUGUGUGGAGAAGUACGCUACGCUGCCGGCGGUGAGUCAGUGUCCACCGAUGAAGCUGAUGAGUCUGGAGGAAGCUCAGGCUCGAUCACUCGCUCCCAAUCACCCGGCGAGAACCGAGCGACUCAGAGAGAACAGCCUUCCCGACACCAGCACCGCUGCCAUGUACCACACUGUUAUAGAGCUUAGUGAGAGCAAGAGGAAAUUCUCUGGAAAGUCGAAGAAGUGGAAGUCCAUCUUCAGUCUGGGUCGAUCCGUCGCUGACGGCAAGGGGAAGCUGAGUCGCAAUGGGAGCGUGUUCAUGAGAGCGCAGAACGCCUCAGAAAAGACCGGGAUACGGCCGUCCAAGAGCAUGGACUCCCUCUGCUCGCUGCCAACAGAUGACGGUAAAGCCGCGUCAGCAGGACGAAAAAACGGAUUCUUCGCUCCUGUGGUGAAAUCCCGAACCCUGGGUUCGGACAUCAACUACGAUCCUGACGAACAGGAUCCGAACUGGGAGUUUGAACUGCGAAAAGCUAGCGGCGAAACCGGGGAUGGGAAAACUCAAAACGCCUCGUCGUCAUCUUCUCCGUCUUCUUCGUCUUCAGCUUCGUCUCAGUUACAGCGCGCGCUUCCUGAGCAGCUGAAGGUCUUCAAAGGGGACGAGUUGUCCACGUGCCGGCCCACGUCCCCGAAAAACCGGCGGAUGUUGUAUUCCGGUUCCUCGCACAACGGCUCGUCGAGGCCGUCUUUUCCGGGCAGCUUGUUCCCCUUGGAGUCCUCGCCGAGGCAUCAACGUAAGGCGCUGAACAUCUCGGAGCCGUUCGCCGUGUCCGUGCCGUUGCGCGUCUCUGCGGUCAUCAGUUCCAACAGCACCCCCUGCAGGGUAGCAGGGAAAGAACGGGAGCGCAGUUUGGGAAGCUUGGGAAGUGCUAGCUUUAGAGAGCCACACCCCGGCAACAGUGGGAGCUUUGAUUUCAGAGACAGGGAGAGACUAUUUGGGGGCAGAGAGAACCCGCUCGGCAACAGCGGCGGAUACGGUAUCUAUAGCAACAGCAGCUCCGUCCCCACAGAGGAGAGUCGAAUGAAUGAGAGGAGCACCGGGGUGGUCCCCUCCGAAACAGCAGCGCAGAGCAGUGAUGUGGAGGUAAAGCCUCCUGUAGAAAUGUCAGAGAACUUAAUGCCAUCUCAGUCUAAAGCAACAGAAAACCACAAAGAAAUGCCUCAAUCCUCUGGGAAAGAACUGGACGCCUCAUCAACGCAGCUCACUGAGCCAAAAAAACUGGACCAACUGGACAUAGAGUCGAUCGAUCCAGAGCUCAGGAUCACCGAGGCCGAAACCAACGUUCCGAAGGACCAAUUGAAAACAAGUGGCUCUUUGAGCGAAAUCACUGGACAUGAUGGUGCUCUGAAUCUUACUGCUCAAGCUAAAAGAAGAAGCAGUUUACCUACUCACCCAGUGUCCUCGAAGGAACACUUCAAAGACGUCAUAAAAGGUCUCAUGGUGGACCGUUCAGGUGCUACACUUUUUAACACGACGUCGAGGCUAUCGCCGGAAACGCCAUCCAAGCACGACAUUGACUGGAAUUACCUAGUCGCCGAUAAAAAGGAUCACAAGAGCUUGGAUUCGUUUGAGUCACUGGACGUUAUAGCACACAAGUUGCAGCUCUCACCCUUCCUUCAGUUGAAGGAGACGGAUAUUCUCCAAGAUGCUGAUCCCUGGCCUUCAGUUUCUUCACCUGAAGAUCCUUCAGCCACGGGAAACAAUGACGCCAUUGCUUAUGGUUCUAGUCUUGAUAACGAACCAUGUGCUAAAAUUCCUGACUUGUCUACAGACGAGAAUGUAGACUUACCAAAGGACCAUGAUGAGAGUAAAAACGACAAGAAGAAAACGAGCAGUAUUACUGUUCAUUUAACAUCCAAAGUAAAGGGUAAGAUUGAAAGGCUUUCGAAAUGCUCGGACGAAAAACGCCUCACUAUAGAAAUUCCGAGUCAAGAUGAUGACGAUAUUUGGGGGAGUCAUUUGGCAGGACUGGAUCAAGUGGAGCCCUGGGAAGACUUGAGCACCGCCAAACAGUGGGUCACAAGCCCGCUCCACUCAACAAAACUGGAAGAUCUUUUCUCUCUGUUUAAAACACCAGCGCCGGCUUCGGGAGCGGAGAUCAAAACAUCUCACGAGUCGAGCAUCAAUCACAAUCAAUCACAAAAAGACGAGAAGAUCGUGGAUGAAGAACCUACAGCAGGGAAAGUACCAGAAAAUACAGCUACAACCCCUGAACCUGGUCUCGAGCUCCCUUCCAAUGUCAAAAAAGCAGACGAGUCAGGUUGUGAAAAUAUAACCGAGCUCUUACCUGGUGAUACCUUUGAAGAACCCGGAGAGAAAGAGGAGAUGAAACAGGACCUUCCACAGCCUCCACAAGCCAAGACUACCGUCCACCAAGAGGAGACUACCAGAAUCCCAAGGAGGAACAGUGGUGCACCAAAACCAAAGACUUCGGUCUAUUCUCAAAGAUUUCAACGACAGGUCUCUCACGAGCCCUGCAUUGCCGUGAGGAACGAGGAAAACAUUGCUCCGAAACACAGACCAUACUCCCUUAACCUGGAUUUGGGAAACCGGUGCAUCAGGGACAUCUCAAAUCAGCAGAACUUUGAUCUUGCAGACCAUUCCUCUUUGCAGAGGGGGGCAAUCACCCCUUCUGGAACAAAGCACGAUGGGUUGUCUCUGGAACUGGAGAUGUUCCUAAGGGACCGACAAGCACCCAUGCGACGCAACUCAGCGCCGGUUAGCGUGUCUUCGGUGCGCACUGCGUUCAUGAUCAAAACGUGUCAAGCCAAAGCGGUGCCUGUUGUACCUCCGAAAGUCCAGUACAGCCACGUACCACAUCCGGUUCAUCCGGAGAAGGCCGGCCAUGAGCAAGACAAACGGGAAAGUGGACCUGAGAAGAUCAAAGUAGAGAAAGCAGAUACUUUACCUCCUCUCCAGGCAGUAAAGGAUUCCAAAGAGGAAAGGGAAAACUGCAAACCGGUCACAAGGAUCCACAGACAGGUGUCCAUGGAAAAACCACCCGAGAUGAGCAAGGCAGCGCCGGCCCCCGAGUUUCCAGUACUGAGGAGGAAGCGGUCUGCCAACGGAGACUCCUUUAUGGACUGUCCCAGACCAGAAAGAUCUACCUUACUUCAAAGGUCUUCCUUCCGGAAUCGUCCAAGACCCCAGAGCCUCAUUCUCUUCAGUCCUCCCUUUCCUAUCAUGGACUAUCACCCAGCGGUGGACGACGGAAAACUUGUCCUGUCACCCAUCAAGAGUCCUGCUGAAACAUCUCCUCUUGACGUCCUCUCUAAGGAGCUCACAGAGAACCUUAAAACCCCCGACGGGGUCACCCUACGAAGCAAGAUGACGUUGCCCAAGAGCGGACAGAGAUUGGAAACCUCUACAAGCUGCUUUUACCAGCCCCAGAGGAGGUCUAUGAUUUUCGACAACAGGAGCAGUCGGCAGAUCGAGUGAGCCGCCUGUUAGACUCGUGAAUGUUCACGUCGUAGCUAGAGAACAGUUGCUGAAUGUAAGAAAUUCCUGUUUAUUUCCUGCACCAUAUUCUACUUGCUGACCAAAACAUUCUCAACUAACAAGGUGCCGUUUAAUUCUACAGGCGAUAAAUGUCGGACUUUUUCGUUGUUGUAAAAUGCUGCUGCUAAGGAACUUUAUCACAUCAAGGAGCCCUUGAAGAUAAAUCAAAAGCAUUUUAUUAUUUUGUUUCAGUGAAGUAGCAUUGAAGAUACGUUUAGUGUUAACUGCUGUACGUUUCUGGCUCACGUGCUCUCGAAAUGGUGAAGUCGGUGAAGAUGAAGUUCCACCGAAUUACAAAGAAGUGUUACACGGAUCAAGCAAUCAAAUAAUUCAGGGGAUUUUUGUCGUUCGGGUCAGAUUUCAAAAUAGUAUUACAUCGUCCGAUGUGUGUAUUUAAUUCUUCCUUGCAUACCCAUUUCAGGGAUUAUGGAAUGAGAGCCCAAAUCUGAUUGGAUAACUGAUAACUGAAAUUAAAUGCAAUGAAAAAAAAGUGUAUAUAUAUAUAUAUAUAUAUAUAUAUAUAUAUAUAUAUAUAUAUAUAUAUAUAUCCUGCUUAUAGUGUUGUCAUGUCGAUGUUUUAAGAGAGAAAAACAGGGAGAAAAAGGCAUUUACAAGCUGAGAUAUAUAUAUAUAUAUAUUUUUUUUUUUCCUUUUUGUUUGCAGUGGAGUAAAUAUGGGAUGUUGCAAUACAUCAAAUAUGCAGCGUUACAACGAUGGUGCAAUUAAUAUGCACAAAUUUACAUGCAGCCUUAAAACCUUGAAGUCUCGAUUCGUAAUGCUUAUUUUAUACUUCAUUUUUGUUUACUUUACAUCUUCAUCUUGGAACAUUCGAGUCUAGCUUUAACCGACACAAACGGCUUGUCAUCAUGACACCAUCAAGGACAGCGUAUAAAUGUUGAAUGCCCAUAUUAAUUAUUCACAAUGUGAGAAACUCCUUUUCACUGAGGUUUACGUAACCAGACAUGAACCUUGGCGGCACCGUUCUGAUGCAUUUCUUCAUUCCUUUUUUUUUUUUUUUUUUUUUUUUUUUUUUUUUAAAUCCAUGAAAAAUAUAAACCUCAAAUGCAAAUGCUGCCCAUAUAAAUAAAUUAAAUAUAAAUAAAUAAAUAAAUGCUGGCUACAUUAACCACCUCCUUCUGAAUGGAGCACAGGAGUCGAUAUUCUGAAGGUCAACAGUAUUGCGUAUGCUUAUUGUUACGGUAUAUUGUGAUAUAAUAUCAUACUGAGACAUAGAACUAAAUAUCUAUAAGAAAAACGCUAUUGAUUGUACAAAAGAAAUUGCCUGAAAAUUCGUCGUGUGUAUUUAUUUAUGCAGUUUGUGUCUCAAAUUCUCAGUGUUGAGAACAUCACUGUUGUAUAAAAACGACUCGUUACAGCUGCAGAUGUAGAUCCUGGGGAAAUUGCUAUAGUAGUUUAUAGUAAGGACACACAUUUUGCUUUGUUACAGUGUGUAAAAAUACGAGUUUUGCUGGGAUAAGCCUUGCUUUGAAUUCGCUGGUUGGGAUCUGGAAGUAGAUGUUUUGUUUGAGAGAAACAGAAUGAUGGAAAGCAGAAGAAAGUGAAGGUUCUGACGCUGAUUUGAACACGCUCUCGUCUGCUUCACGGCUUAACGCUGCAAUCCGGCGUACUCACGAGCCGUGAUCGAAACGCCUUCCGGUGCUUCGGCUCGGGGAAAAAAAAACCCCACGGAUGCGCCGGGCGUAAUCGUAUUUGUAUGGCUAGUCUCGGAAUCUGAUGAAGAUGGGGCUCGGUGGACGUUGUCCGAGUUCCCGUCGGGGAAUUGAAAGUCGAAUGACCGCUCCGUCGCACUUUUCCGUGUCGGAGGUCAGGCUUUUCCGUGUACGACGGAUUGCAGCAUGAGGGUCGUUGGAUUGCUCUGUCAGUUCGAGUGAAGUUUAAUGAUAAUUUGUCUUUAGUGAUCACCUAUACAUUACAGCACGGUGAAAUUCGGAUACCCCAGCAUGUCAGGAAGUUGGGGUCAGAGCGCAGGGUCAGCCAUGAUACAGCGCCCCCUGGAGCAGACAGGGUUAACGGCCUUGCUCGAGGACCCAACAGCGGCAGCUUGGAAGUGCUGUGGCUUGAACCCCCGACCUUCCGACCUCCCAAAAGUUUGUCGAGAUUGGUGUCAGCAUGGGAAUAUCGAAUCUUACGGAAUCAGCUAAUUGGCACAGAGCGUACAAAUUGGUGAGGAAAACGCCGAGGCCGUGUUUAGAGAUCUGCUCUCUUGUGCUGUAAGUCGACGAGGGCGUGUUGAUAAUACAGUAUUAAACAUAUGGGAUGUUUCACAGAAAGACAUGAAGCACAAAUGUACAUUCUAUAUGUUCCUGUAAGGAGACAAAAAGAAAGAAAUGUUUAUGUUGUCCAUAACUGUAACCAAAGAACACUAACUGUGUAAUUUAAAAAAAAAAAAAAAAGUUUUAUUUCUUAAACUGGAUUUAUUAUACGUAUCCACUGUAAACAACACAAAUAAAUAUACUUAAUAUUUACUGUAUGAAAUGUG